GUCGGGUGUUUACAUUUAGCUGCGCCUGAGUUGGGACGUCGUCGUUGUCAUCCACUUUUUCCUCUUUUGUCCCUUCCUUGUCCUUCCCGCGGCCCAACACGCACGCUAAUGAGGAGCCACGACCUGCCGCAGUGACCAGCCUCAUCAUGGGUGACAGCAGCCAGUCGUGCCGGGGCUUUGAGACGCCAACCCUGGGGAACGACCUGUGGCCCAUGGGGUUUGAUGUGGACCUGGCCCUGGAUGCCCCAGGUGUCCGCAAGGGCCCCGGGGGCGGCCUGGUGUCUGGUGGCCUGGGUAGCAAUGGCGGCGGCGGCCUGAACACCAUGCCGGCCGUGGGGGGCGGGGCGGUGGGUGGCGGGUAUGGGGACAUGCACCACCUGUCCGGCCUGUCCUCCAUCCUGCCGCGCUUUGACGACCUGCACGCCGGCGACAUCUGCCAGAUGACAGACCUCACCAACUCCCUGCCCAAGGGGGACAGUGAGACAGCCCAGAGCCUGCUGGCCAAGCUCACCUGCCAGGACCUCGGCCCUGACCUGUCCACUGGCACCGACCCUGGCCACAAGGAGCUCGAGUCGUCCCUGUUUGAGCAGGCCCCGGCCGGCAUGGCCUCGGGCCACUCUGGGUCUGGCCCAGGCAUGGCCGUGGCACACAAGGCGCCGCUAGAGUCUGCAGAUGUGUACGGACGGAUCACCUGCUUCGGGGGCAAGCUGGUGUUGCAGCUGCGGCACAUUAAUGUCAACACCAACUACACCCUCAAUGUGAGUGUGUGCUGGCUGUGUGGGGAGAAGGUAGCUGGCUCCCAGCUGUGCACACACAAGCACUCCCUGCACGGCAUGUUCCAGGCCAAUGAUGAAUACGUGCAGCUGGACAUUGAGCACUACAUCAUCCCAGACCAGGCCCUCGACCCCCCUGCCCCCCAGGAUGUGGCCCCUGCCGUCCUGCCCCACCCUGACCCCUCCACUCUGCACCAUGAAUUGGCUGGCCCCAGAGACCUGGAGCUGCCGGGGAACCUGGCAGGGGGCAGCAACCCCCUGGCCAUUGGCGGCAGUGGUGCAGCGCUGCAGUAUGGCGGUGGCCAGGACGCCCCCCUAGUGCCACCCCUCACCUCGGCACCAAACCUCAUGACGCCCACCCAGAACCUGAUGAGCCCUCCGGUGCAGGCCAACCCCUCCUGCAUGAACCCCUCCUUCGGACAGCUGUCCCUGCCAGCCAUGCCCAUCACCUCCAACCAGCCCACCCUCACCCCAGACCUCACCGGCAUGACAGCCGCCACCCUACCGCAGGUCAGCCAGCCACUGUGCUCUGCCAGUGCCACCAUGUUUGAACUGCCCCACCCUGACUCAGCUCCCACCAUGGCUGCCGCCUCCCUCAGUGACACCAAGGCCCCCAUCCAGGCUGGCCAGAUGGCCGUGGCUAGCAGCAGCUACUCCCUCGGCACCAACCUCAACACAUUCCCCGUGAGCAACCACCUGGACACCACUGCCCUGCACCCUCCACCAACCCCACACCGGGAAGUGCUGCCCAGGAAGCACCUGCUGCCUUACCACACCACACAGUUCAUGGCCGGAGACUACAGGCCACACCCCGGACAUGGCUGCCCGGAGAAGCACACAGAGGUGCAGUGCCUGACACCGUUGCACACCGUCACCACCACCUUGAUGCAGCUGCAGCGGCAUGAGUUCCCAGCCAGGAAGGCGGAGACGGGCGCCAAGAAGAGGAAGAGCCGGGCGCAGAGGAAGCCCAGCGUCAUACAGAUGAAGGACUUCACCAAGGCAGACCCCAGUGAGACCCUGCAGCACAUGAAGCCCUUCACCAUGGAGCCCAUGGAGGUGCUGCCCCAGAAGGUGUACACCUCGGAGGCGCUGCCCGGCCUACAGGCCAAGACAGAGCAUGGCAUGGGAGCCGGCCGGCAGCUGGUGCGGCCUGAUGCCGCCAUCGACGACUGGCUGAAGCACAACCUACAGGGCGGAGACCUGAUGCCGGUGGAGGGCGGCAUCAAGCCUCCCUUGGCAGAGCAGAAGUACAACCCGCCAGAGGCCAAGCUGGACGAGCACAAGGUGGAGGACGGCUGUAACAAGCCAGACCCACAGCUGUCCCCCUCCGCCGAGCCCCGGGAGCCAGACCAGACCUCCCGGCUGGCAGCACACAUGCUGAGCAAAGGCAUCGACCUGCUGUGCCGCCUGUGCUCGCAGGACUUUGGGAAGGACAUCCACAAGUACAAAAUACACAUGAAGGAGCACGGUGUGGAGGAAAUGUCCUUCUUUGCCUGCUACUUCUGCCCCAAGACGUUCGGCAAGGGCAAGCACUACCGCCAGCACCUCAAGACACACAUCAGGACGCGGCGGUUCGCGUGUCGCCUCUGCACUGCCAGCUACAGCCGCGAGGCAAAGCUGCGGCGCCACGUGCUCACCCACAGCCAGGACCACCAGACCAAGGAGUACAAGUGUUCCAAGUGCCCAAAGUCCUUCAUCACCAAGGAGUACCUCCACUCACACAUGAAGAUCCACGCCGGCAAGAAGUUCAAGUGCGAGACUUGCGGGUACCUGUGCUCCUCGCCCUUCAACCUGGAGACCCACCGCAUGAAGCACACCGACGUCAAGCCCUUCAAGUGUGAGCAGUGCGAGAAGACCUUUGUGCGGCGGGACUUCCUGGACAAGCACAUGGAGCAGGUGCACAAGAACAAGAAGAGCAAGUGUGAGGUGUGCGGCAAACUGUUCUCCAGGAAGGACGUGCUGAAGCGCCACCUGGCCGUGCACAACAACAAGACCUACGACUGCGAGAUCUGCGCCAAGAAGUUCUCCCGCAAGGACCGCCUAGCCACGCACAGCAAGGUCCACAAGCUGCGCACCGACUACAAGUGCUCGCUGUGUCCCGCCUCCUUCACACGGAAGAAUGUCCUGGACAAGCACGAGAGGAUCCACAAGACCAAGGAGCAGUGCAAGGUGUGCCACAAGUUCCUCGCUUCCAAGACAAGACUGGAGAGCCACAUGAAGCUGCACGACAAGGAGAGCUCUGGCAGCAGCGCGCAGGAGGGCGGCGAGGGCAUGGUGAAGUGCGAGAUUUGUGACAAGUCCCUCACCAGCAAGCACAUCCUCAGGAAACACAUGAAGGUCAUCCACGGAAAGUUCCCUGAGAGGAAGAAGAAGAAGAAGGUGGAAGGAGUGGUGGAGCGGGAGAAGAAGUUUGUGUGCCAGUGGUGCUCCAAGGGCUUCACUCGCAGCUGUAACCUCAACACACAUCUCCUCAAAGCACACACCAAGGACCUGGAGGAGGACGAGUUUGAGGACAACCUUCCCUCCGUCCUGCAGCCUCCCAAGGGACAAGGGGACAAGGAGAAGCAGGGACCCAUAACCACCACCACUUCCCCUUCCACCAGCCUCCCUGCCACAGCCUCCUACCACAGCUUCUCUGCCACAGACUCCCUCCACAGCACCAUCACCACUGUGGGAGGCAGCAUGGCAGUGGGCACCACCUCCACCACAUUCCCCCUGCCAGCUGUGAGUCUUCCCACUUCCACCCUGUCCCCCACACAGACCCCAGACACCCCUGCACCCCUCCAGCUGUCCUCACCGCACUUCCCUGCCGCAGCACCACCAGACUCCCCCAUUAAUCUGUCAACGGAUGCCAUCACUGCUGCUGCCUAUCUUCUGGCCUACCCGUCAUACCCAUACUAGCCUCUGCCCAUCCCUCCCUAGACACUACCCAUCACUUGCCAACCUCCAUCAAGUUUUGGGGAAUGACAUUUAAGUUUCUUGGUGAUGGGGAUACCAAAGAUGCUGCUUGUGUUUUACCGAGUGGUCUGUGACGGAACUCCAUGACAGUGUUUUGUUGUGUUUCUCUUCAAGGUGGCAUUGUUUUCUUUGUUUUGCUGUUAUCUGGACGAUUUUUUUAUAUGUUAACUGUCCUGUAACUUUGUGUUGACGUGUGGCUUUGGCUUAUGACUUACGUGUUCACAGUGAUGGCCAGAUGGAUGGUGAGGAGGAAUGCAGCUGCAGUGGUGAAGGGAAGCAAGUGAAGUGGUGAGGCAGAGCAUUCUCAGUGUGACCGUCAAACUUUUUAAUGGUGAGGUGUGGAAGAGAAAUGGUGAAUCUUCCCACUCAGUAACCAAACACAUGAAUUACACCAUUAAGAGCAAGAAAAGUGACAAAUUUGGUGAUGAGUCAAGUGUGGAGAAGAAAAAUGGUGAAUUUUCCCAUAUAAUAACCAAACACUUUCUAAGAUGAAGAAAAAGAGGUGAAUAUGACCAGUGGAUGUGUUUCAGCGUGGGAGCAGAGACAGAGAUAGGACGGAGAAAGUGAAGAAUGAAGUGAGAGACUAGGAGUGUGCAGGAGGGAGGGAACUGGAAAUCAACCCAAAGAGAAGGGGUCAUGGAUGUAUUGAAGCAAGACUCAUAGGUACUAGAUGUAAAUAGAAGAUAACAGGAGACAGAGGAAGGUAGGGAAAAGGUGCUGUGUUGUGGUAGAUUAGUAAAAAUUUGUGUGGAAGGAAUAAUGGUUUGCAAAGUGUCAUAACCGAAACUAGAGUGGGGAAAGUUAUAAUUAGUGGAAAAAAAAAAGAUAUGUGGGAAACCCUUUAGGGAAAAUUUAUGAAGGAGAGAAAAAGGAAUGCAAAGUGUCAUAAUGUUAGGAAAGAAAAGUGAAUAGGAAGAGGACAAUUGAGGAAGAAAAGUGAUCUGUUUGUGAAGGAGGAAAAUAAGAAUGGAGAGUGUCAUAAUGUAAAAGAAAAAAAGAUUAGAAGCAAUCACAGGUAAAGAAAGGUAAUUAAUAUAGCAAACUGUAUAGGGAAGUUUGUGUAGGAGGAAAAUAAAGACUUCCAGAGUGUUAUGACCAGAAAACUUAAGAUGGAAGGUGGAAAAUGGAAAGUUUGUGGGAGAAAAAAAAUGACAAAGUGUUAUAACCCAAAAUAAAUAUAAAGAAGUAUUCAUUAGUUAUGGAAAAGCAAGAAUAAAGAAGAAUAAGAAAUCACAGGUAAUGGAAAGUUUAUAGAGGAAGAAAAUAAAACUACAAAGUGUUAUAAGCAAAAAGAAAAAGAAAAAAGCAAUCAAUUAAUCAGUCAAUCAAUAGUUAGAGAAAAAUGAUAGAAAAGCAAGAAUAAAGAAGAAUAAGAAGUAAUCACAGGUUAAUGUAAAGUUUAUGAAAGAAAAAAUAAAACAAACUAGCAUCAAAACUUCCCCCCCAAAAAAAAAGCAAUCACUAAUUACAGAAAACCAGUGAUGAUGAUGGCGAUGAUGAUGAUGAUAAUGAUGGCAAUGAUGACGGUGGUGGCAGUGGUGAAAAUCAAACACGAGACACCAAAAUGUAAAAAUUGUCACUUCCUGCCGUGUGACGUACCGGCCGGGAAUCAGAGAGGCUUGGACGCUAUUAGUGGUGCAGGAAAGCGGCGAAGGGAGGCUCCAAUCUCAUUAGUGUUAAGCCUUACUACUAUCACAUUUAUUCUUCCAAAAGUGAAUGUCUGGGGUCUGUUAUAAUUACCGCCCCUACCCCCCCACACACACCAUAUCUGGCUGGAACACACCUGCACGAAUCUCAAGCUAAUGAAGGGAAUGAAUGUGUGUGUGUGUGUGUGUGUCCAGCAUACUACAAGCACCUUUAUUAUCUCUCACAUUUUGUUUCUCCGAGUGUGUGAAAUAAUGAAGUGUGUUUGCAUGUUCUUAGUAUUUACACCUAGUCAGCUGAUGAUCUUUUGUGUGUGUGUGUGUGUGUGUGUGUGUGUGUGUUUCCUUGACCACAAAACACUUCCCAGCUCUAUUUUUAUUCCCUCCAGAUUGUUUUCUCCUUUUUAUAUAUAUAUAACUUACAAUGUGUACAGAAGAGGACUUUUAUUUUACUAUUAUAACGCAUUUUUUUAUUUACUACAUUUUACUUCACCGCGAUGUAUGUAUGUAUGUACGUUUGAAGUUCAUAGUUAUUCAGUGUGUGAAAAUGAAAACAAAAAGUACAGUAAUGUAAAAAUACAAAAAAAAACUUGAAAAAUAGAAGAAAAAAAUUGCCUAUAACUCUUACACAUCCAAAGUGCAAACUGUUGCUCUUAUAUACAAUAGUUAUGCCCCAAUACACACUUUCCCAGCCCUAGGAGUGCCCAGAGAACUGACGCUACUACUACCUUAUCUUCAAAGCUAAAAUGUAAGCUAAAUAUAAGGCCAGGAGUGGAUAUAUUCUUGUGUGUGUGUGUGAGUGUGUGUGUGUCCAGAUGAGAGGCAUUGAGUCAAUCACCGCUUGGCUCAUUGAUCGCAUCACUUCCGGACUUUUCUGUUGUUUCCGCGGCCGUCUUGAAGCACCGGUACAAAGCGGGGUGUGUGUGUGAGCAGCGAGUGUGUCCCUGUGUCCCUGUGUCCCGUCAGUGUGUGUAGUUUUUUUGUACAGAGCUUGUUAGUGGUGUCAGUCGUUGCAGUGGAAGGUGUGAUGUGUCCUCAGAGUUUUGCUGGUGUGUGGCUGCCUGUAUGUGUUUUGUGUGACUACUAUUCUACUACUACUACUCCCACUACUACUACUACUACUGCUGCUACUAUUCUGUGUACUUACAAAAUUGUUGUAGUUAUGCGGUGUAAUGUUAAUGGUUCCCGCGCCGCGCCCCGUGUACAGAGGAGGGGCGGCGGCGGGGCGCUGUCUUAGUUAUGGGAAGGUUUACCUGAAGCUACAAUGGAACCUCAGAUUGUAGUAUCUUUGUUAUCAUUCCUAUAGAGGAGAAAACCCCAAUUAGAAAUGACAAAAGUAAAUUAACAUAUAUAAAUAUAUAUAUAAAUAUAUAUAUUACCUAAGCAUAAGUUGAUCUCCUUAUAAGCUGCUACCUGACUUUUCUCAAAGAAAUUAUAAUUUUUUAAUGUUAUAUAAGUAAGAUCCAGUUUCUAAUGUAGUUUGUAAAAAUGUAUUGCAAAACUGACAACAUCAAAUGCAUUUAGUGUCCAGUGGGAGUUGAGAUAAUGGCGACUCCCGGCCUGACACUGCCCUGUCUUGUGUUCUGUUUGUGGAGUCAAGACGAGGUGUAAACAAACAAACCCAGGUAAGGCGCAGUGCACCGCCCGGCAUGGCACUGCUGCCUCACAAACACAAUGGCUGCGUCUGGCCUGGGCUGCCCUGCACUGUCACGGCUCCCCCCCGGUGUGUGUACCCAGCCCGGUGGUGCAGCCACACCGCACUCCCACAAGCGUCACCGCCACACCACCGCGAAUCAGGUGUGCUUUGGAAGUGUAAAUGAAGCACAAGUCACAAGUGAUCUUUUUGUUCAGUUUGUGGAUGAACAGCAGGAAGUGUGGAGUGUUGGUGGUGCUCCUCUGACUGUGAACUGUCUGCCACAGGGACGAAAAGUCAUGUUUACUCUAUACUGUCUCACGUAGAUUGACUGUCACCACUUUAGUGUUAUUAUACUUCAAGUCACAAUGUCACAAAGAUUAACAUAAACUUGUAUUACUUUGUGUACCAGUGACUUCAGAUUCAUGAGUUACCUUAAAGAAAUGACAGAAAAAAUAUUGAAAAAUAAAAUAAUUGAAGAAGAUAAGGAGUUACAUCUAAUUUACAGAGUUUAUGAACAGUUUUAAGGCUCAUUACUCAAGCAACUCUUCUGUAAGUCACAAGUCACCUGUGUUAGUGGUGUGCUUGUGAUGCUGGGUGCUGACUGGUUCCUGUGGCAGACAGUGGGGGGAGGGGGAGAGGCAGAUUAAGGUUCACAGGUCAUUCAACACAGAAUAAAUUGGUGGAAAUAACAUGAAAGGAAAUGGAAAGGAGAGAGAAAGAGAGAAGUUUAGGUGGAAGUAAGAAAAGGAAGGAGAAAUUUGAAGCAUAAAGUGAAAUAAAGAAGAAACAGCACAAAGAUUAUUUAUGAAACUGUAAUGAUUUGUUACUUUGUUUGUGUGUGUGUUAAUUUAGGACAGACAACCAAGGGAAUCGAAGGGGACUUGUGUGCCAAAAAAAAUGACUAUUAUUACUGUGACCCUGAAUUGACUGAGUUGCCAAAAUUUUGAGGUAUGCAUAGGUAAUAAUUAAUGUUGCUGUAUUGGGUGACGUGUUUUGUUUCCAAGCAUACCUUCUCCUCCACCUCACUCCUGUACACACGUCACCAGUACAUGCCGGCCCACCAGCCCACCAGCCAGCCCUUCAGUGUGCAGUGGUGAGGGUGUAGGGUGUUGCCUGGCCAGGGACGGGACUUGGGAGGGAGUGUCUAAAUGUUUACCGUUAAUCCUGCAGUAUUUCACCACCUUCAAUGUACCUAGUUCAAAAAUUAUAAAAAAAUAACAUAUAUAAUAGUACUGUAUACUGUAUACAUAUAUAUACACAUAUAUAUUCACAUAAAUUUUCACUUAAUUAGCUGGAAUGCAUCAAACACUUGCCGGACGAGGUAUAUUUUUCCCCUUUGUAUUUUGAAGCGAGAAACAUUAUUUUUGAUAGAGCAACGGUGUGCCAGAUACCGCGACACAGCGCAACGCGACACGACAGUCCCAUUACCUCAGCGACUCACCACUGACGAGAUUCUGUCUCCACAAACUCCACUCUGGGAUAAUAUGCACACACGCACAGUACAAAACACUUUACUAAAGGAGAAGGCAUAUUAGGAGAAUAAUUGUAUUGUUUAGAACCUUACUCAUUGUGGUCUUUCAGUAGCUAAGUAAUCUUUAGGGUCUAGAAUCAUUCCCACCACCAUCAGUCUAAGGCUUGCUGGACGCCAGUAUUAUUGGAAGGAGGGACCGCAGCCGCCGCCGCGUCUCCCUCCCGUAGCGUUGCAAAUGAAAUAUUAUUAUAAGAUCCAUUCAAUGUUGAUUUGUAUAUAUAUAUAAAAAUAUAUAUAGUUUAAUAUAAAUGUAAUAUUUCAAGUUUUUAUACAAUUACAUUUUUCUUAUAAAUGUCAUUGAAUAAAUUAUUUGUUUAAU